AUGUCAAAAGCUAAGAAGAAAUUCUUGCAACAAGAACUGAUAUUAUUCCAUUUAUACCUUCUUAACCACUCUGAUGGAAAUCGUCAAUUUACUUUAUCAAAUAAGAAGGAAUUUAGAUUAUUAUGGUCUACAUUAAAUGGAAAGUUAAAAAAAUUAAAAAAAUCUGGAAAUAUUGUUAAGCAUCAUGACAAUUUAAUAGAUGAAGAAGUACAACAAAUAUUUCAACAUAAGUUGAUUUCUAUUAAUGAUUCUCAAGAUGGAGGGUUACGAUUUACUAAAUAUUCCCAAAAGAACAAUCAAGAAGGUAUUGAAAGUGAUAAUACAGGUUUAAUAAUUACUGUACCACUUGAUCCAACAGAUUUUCAAGGCCCUAUUCAUGAUUUGAAGCUUUAUAUUUCUAAACAUCCUAAAAAUUAUCAAACUCUUUAUUUACAUCUUCUAAUUAACAAUAAAUUUGCAUUUGGUAUUGACACCAAAAACUGUAGUAUUACUAACCAUGGGAGAUCAACUUCAAUUACCGCUUUAUUUAGACAAGGGGUUCCUAUAGUAACAACAAUGGCAAUUACAGGCCAUAAAAGUGAAUCCUCUUAUCGGGUUUAUGCAAAACCUUCCAGAAAAGAUAAGGAAAAUGCAUUAUCAAGCUUGAUCAAUAAUAUUGAGCUAUCCUUAAAACAAAACCAUAUUGAAAACAUAACUGCUACUCAAAAUAAUAUGCAAGAUAAUCAAGCUAAACUUUUAGAAUCAAUG